AAAACCAAACAUGAGUAAUCCGAAGGCAGCUCUUGGAGCCAAACAAAACAGGAAGGCAUCGAUCAGCCUUGCAGGCUUUGACUGUACUACUCUUGUUGCAGCCGCCGGCGAGGUGACCCACGCGACGAGGACACAUGGCCAAGGGGGAGGAGGAGUACUCCAGGGUGAGGCAAGCCCUUGCGGUGAGCGCCCACGAGCGCUCGCUGGUGGACGCGGUCUCCUCGGCGCCGGCGGCCACGCCGCCGAGCGCGAGCGGGGACGUGGGGGAGGGGCAUCCUCCGCCGCACGCGGCGAGCUUCUUCGAGGGCUUCGUGCUGGGCGGGAUCCGUGUCGACAGCGUCCAGCCGGGCCUCGUCGACUGCUCCUUCACCGUCCCCUCCAGGCUCACCGAUCGGAGCGGGUGCCUGGCCGCCGGCGCCGUGGUGUCGCUGGUGGACGAGGUGGGCUCCGCGGCCUCCAUCGCCGACGGCCGCCCCCUCAAGGUCUCCACCGACAUGUCCGUCUCCUUUGUCGCCCUCGCGCGGGCACGGCCCGGCGACCGCCUGCGCGUCACCGCCAGGGCGCUCGGCCACAAGGGGGCCUACUCCGGCACCCACGUCCUCAUCUCCAACGCCGCCACCGGCGAGGUCGUCGCCGAGGGCAGGCACUCCCUCUUCGGCAAGAUGAAGGUAGUCUCUUCCUCCUCCUCCGCCUCCACCGCCAGCAAGCUUUGAUCGGUCGAUGCCGCACGGCAUCGAUCCCAUUUCCACCCUGCCAUGGCUGCCAUCGCUAAUUGUGAGCACUAGUAGUAAUUAAGGGAGGAUUAGUAACCAAGGUUUUUCUCAGAAAUGGCUCAGUAUCAUAAAUUUUUACUUCGGUAGCUGUAAAUUGUCAGAUUGUCAGAUUCUAUGAUCGUGCUGCCCCAAAGUUUGGGAUUUCCAAUUUGUACUUCAGCCGUCACAAACCAUUUGCUACUAGACUAUCCCUUGCUAGGGAGCAAGUUUUAGAUUCUGAGAAGCAGCUGUUUGGUAGCUAACUUUUGAGAAUCUGGAAAAACUUCUAAACCUAGUUUCUCCAGAUUCUGGAUUCUCAGUUCAUUUUUCAGAAUCUAUAACUACAGAUUCUCAGAAGCUGUGUACUGUUUGAGGCAGCUUUUAACAGAAGCAGUUUUUGAGAAAAGCUGCAGCUGGGAGAAACUCCCCCAAACAUACGAUGACAGAUUUUACAAACAUGUGAGCUUUUUAUGUAAUCUUUUUUAAACCAAUUUUUUACACGGUUGUUAGCUUGGUGAAUGUAUUAAAGCAUAUU